AUGAACUGCUUAAAAUAUGGGUUUUCGCAUCAGACUCGCUGUAUUAAAUCUGGAUUGACCUUGACAACAGUCUCCUCGAACCAACUCGUCAAUCUCUACUCAAGAAAUGGACUACUGCAGGAAGCUCGUAAGGUGUUCGACGAAAUGCCUGAGAGAAACGUUUACUCAUGGAACGCUGUGAUCUCGGCCUACGUAAAGUUCAACGAUUUGAAAGAAGCGCUUAAACUGUUCAGAACCGUUAAUUCUAGACGAGAUGUGAUUACGUAUAACACUUUACUUGCAGGUUUUGCCAAAACUGAUGGGUGUGAGAGUGAAGCCAUUGAGAUGUUUGCUGAGAUGCAAAGGAAAGAAGAGAAAGGGAUUUGGGUUGAUGAUUUCACUCUCACUACAAUGCUCAAACUCUCUGCUAAAUUAACCAACGCGUUUUACGGUGAGCAGUUGCAUGGCGUUAUGGUGAAAACAGGGAAUGAUGCAACUAAGUUUGCAGUGAGUUCUCUCAUUCACAUGUACUCAAAAUGUGAGAAGUUUAAGGAAGUUUGUAAUGUAUUUAAUGGGUCUUGCGUUGAGUUUAUUGAUGGUGUGGCUAAGAACGCGAUGAUUGCUGCUUAUUGUAGAGAAGGUGAUGUUGAAAGAGCUUUGAGUAUGUUCUGGAGAAAUCCAGAACUGAAUAAUACAGUUACUUGGAAUACAUUGAUUUCUGGACAUGCGCAGAAUGGAUUUGAGGAAGAAGCUUUGAAGAUGGCUGUUAGUAUGGAGGAGAAUGGGUUGAGAUGGGACGAACACACUAUUGCAUCUGUACUGAAUGUUGUGAGUAGUUUAAAGAGCUUGAAGCUUGGGAAGGAAGUACAUUGUCGGGUGGUGAAGAAUGGAUCAUAUUCUAAUAAGUUUAUAAGCAGUGGGAUUAUUGAUGUUUACUGUAAGUGUGGAGAUAUGAAGUAUGCAGAGUCUGUCUAUUUGUUAUAUGGUUUUAGCAACUUGUAUUCAACUUCUUCGAUGGUUGUUGGUUACUCGUCGCAGGGAAAGAUGGUGGAAGCGAGGAGGUUGUUUGAUUCUUUGUCUGAGAAGAAUCUAGUGGUGUGGAAUGCAAUGUUCUUGGGAUAUCUCAAAUCAUGUCAACCUGAUUUUGUUCUUGAACUUGCACGUGAGUUUAUAGCCAAGGAGAGCAAAGUUACUGAUUCUUUGGUCAUGGUUAGCAUCCUUGGUGCAUGCUCUUUACAAGCUUCAAUCGAACCAGGGAAGGAGAUUCACUGUCACAGCUUGAGAACGGGGUUUGUAAUGGAUAAGAAACUUGUGACUGCGUUUGUUGACAUGUAUUCAAAAUGCGGGAACGUUGAGUAUGCUGCAAAGGUCUUUGAUAGAAGCUUUGAGAGGGAUACAGUUAUGUACAACGCCAUGAUAUCUGGUUGUGCUCAUCAUGGCCAUGACCAAAAGGCUUUCCAGCUCUUUGAAAACAUGACUGAGGUUGGACUCAAGCCGGAUGAAAUAACAUUUAUAGCCCUGCUAUCAGCUUGUCGUCACCGUGGCCUAGUUCUAGAGGGUGAGAAGUACUUCAAGGUGAUGACAGAGGUUUACAAUAUAUCUCCCGAGGUUGAUCACUAUACCUGCAUGAUAGAUUUGUAUGGAAAGACCAAUAGAUUAGACAAAGCCAUGGAACUAAUGAAAGGUAUUGCUCAAGUUGAAGAAGAUGCUGUUAUUCUUGGAGCGUUUUUAAACGCAUGUAACUUGAAUAAGAAUACAGAGCAUGUGAAGGAAGUGGAAGAGAAAUUGUUAGACAUUGAUGGAUGUAACGGGUCUCGGUAUGUUCACCUUGCUAACUCUUAUGCCUUGUGUGGUAAAUGGGAUGAGAUGAGACAUAUUCGGAAUCGUAUGAGAGGGAAGGAGCUGGGAAAAUUUUAUGGGUGCAGCUGGGCUUACAUUGAUAAUCAACUUCAUAUGUUUAAGUCCUCUGACAUUUCGCAUUUGAGAAGUGAAGCUAUAUAUUCUAUGCUACAUUUUGUGACCAAGGAUUUGACUGAAAUCACUGCUUAAGAAAGAGAAAUCAAGAAACACCAAUACAAUGCAGUUAAGUAACAACAACAGAAGCAACAUCAUGCCAACACAGAACAACAACAACAACAGAAAGAAUACAAGAACAAUGGACUAAUGAAGAAAAAUUCAAAACACGAAGCGAAACCUUCCAAAAGGAAACAUUUCCUAGCAGGUUAUUGCAUCAGAUAAUCCACACUUCUGCGGGAGUGUAGAAGCGAGGUCGAGGUCGAUCCCAGUGAGAAAAGGAUUGGUUUUGGUUUUCUGCUUGCAGAGA